AUGGGUGGGCGUUUGGAGCCCUUGAGGCGGGUGGCACAAGUGGCUGAAGCACUGCUUUGCCGCGCGCACGGUGGCUGGACUACCGUUGUGGACCUAGGUUGUGGCACUGGACUUUUCGCUCAAUUCCUGGCCAAUGUACCUGGCCUGAGGGUGGUGGGUGUAGAUUUGUCUGAGGGACACCUGCAGGUCGCCCGCCGACAUAUGGAGGUCAUCAAAGCAAGCUACCUGGAUUGGGAACCAGAUGAUUGGACUCCGGAUGUGGCAGUGCACAACAAUUCCAUUGAAGACUACGAGGACUCCGUCAAGCUCUAUUUCUUUAAGCACGUCUUUCGAUGGCUUGCACCGGGAGGGUACCUCUUGUUCCAAGCCUACUCACCGCGAGAUGAACCCAUGGGGCCCUGCAUUUCAGAGUGUUCACCCGACUUUGCGUCCAAGCACACCAUCUUCCUUUGCGACACGGAAAGAUAUGCAGAGCUGGCAAGAGAUGCAGGCUUUGAGAUGAUCUCUUCUGAGUUGAUCCAUAGCAAAGGCCGAUACCCUCCAUCUGAGAAAACAUACCAGAGGGAGUUCAUCUUCAUCGUCUUCUGGAAGCCUUUGACCUGA